CCUGGAGGGAACGCCCUGUGACGUCAUCGAGCCGCGCCGCGCGUUCGCCCGAAGUUCUGCUCACGGUCGGCGCCACACCGGGAGGUGUGUCCGAGUCAUGGCUGCCGCCAACCCCUGGGACCCAGCGUCCACGCAGAAUGCUGCUGGACUACUCCUGGGGCACUUGCUAGCCUCAGGGGUGGUCUCUCAGGAGUUGUUAAACUUAUCUAAGAAAACAGAUCCUUGCUUUACAAACUUCUCCAGACUACAGCAGAUCACAGAUAUUCAAGCUGAAAUCUAUCAGAAAAACUUGGAAAUUGAACUCCUGAAACUAGAAAAAGAUACAGCAGAAGUUGUUCUUCCUUUCUUUUUGGCUCAGAAGUGUGAGACUGUGCAAAGCAUGAAUAAUCAUUUGGAAGCAGUGCUGAAAGAGAAGAGGUCCCUCAGGCAAAGACUGUUGAAACCCAUGUGCCAGGAAAACUUACCCAUUGAAGCAAUUUAUCACAGAUACAUGGCACAUUUGCUAGAAUUGGCUGUGACUUUCAUUGAGAGAUUAGAAUCCCAUCUUGAAACAAUUAGAAAUAUCCCUCAUUUAGAUGCAAAUCUAAAGAAGAUGAGCAAGACUUUGGCAAAAAUGGAUAUUUUGGUGACUGAGACAGAAGAACUGGCAGAGAAUAUACUCAAGUGGCUAGAACAACAAAAGGAAAUUUCUUCUUGUAUCCCUAAAAUAUUAGCUGAAGAAAAUAAUCUUCAUAAACAUAUUAUAAUGCCUUCUUUACCUUUUACUUCUAAAGUUCAGGUACAAACUAGUAAUGCCAAGUGAUGAUCAACCUGACUUUUGCUUAAUUAUAUGUAGUCAUGUAAAGUCUCUUUCUAGUUCACUGUGACAUCGAUAGUCAUAGGCCUUGCUGCUCACAGUACUGAAAGAACUUUCUUUAUUUUGGAGUACCAAGAUUUCAGUCAGUACCAAACUGACUUUUCCUUUGUUUUUUAUAUUUUUUGUUCUGUUUUUCAAUAAAGCUCUUGAAGAUUGAG